AUGAACAACCCCAGAAUCCCUUUUCCGCUACAUGAGCCGACGCUGCAGAGAUUUUGGCAGGGAAGUGCCGUAGAUGAUGUCCCUUACAGCAAGUACUGGAAACGUCGUAGACUGCUGCCUCAGCACUUCGUUCCGCUGUUUCCAGGGCCUGUGCUCUUGCUGUUGAAAAUUCUCAGGAUCACGGAAACCUUCAAGAACAGCGAAGGUGAGCAAGUGACUGCCCCUCGCAAGCAUAUUUAUGGCAGAGGUUGUGUGAGGCGUCAAAGCAUUUUGCUUUGA